AUGAAUGGUGACCCACUGUUAAUCCAACCGGAGGGAACUGUUUCUUUCAUCGCGCUGGGAUCGGCAGGGGCGGUCUUCCAGGACAGCGACGGACAAGUCAUCAAAACCGCUCUCAAGCACGAUACCCAAGGGUGCGAGGAACAUGUCGUCGAGCAUGUGCAACAUAUAGAGUCCAUCUCGGAACUAUGCAUCGGCCGUGAGAAACUGAUUUACCGAACCCUACCCAAGAACCCUCAUAUUCUCGAAUGCCUCGAAAUUGGGGACAACAGCUUCCGGUUUCCAUAUCAUCGACGUGGAAACCUGCACCGAUGGAUUGGGAAUGCUAUCGACGCCAUCAAGUGGAUACAUUCCUAUGGUGUUAUCCAUGCCGACAUCAGUCCCCGUAACUUCCUCGUGGCCGACGACCUAUCGAUCAAACUUUGCGACUUUGCGGGAUCGGCCAUCCGUGGCUUGCGGCCUUUGGUCGAGGAGGAGGACCGUUACCGAAUUGCCCCCUUGACGCCGCGAACUUGCAAGACCGAUCUGUUUGCACUGGGCUGCUUGGUCUAUGAGAUUUCCACCGGAACUCGUCCAUACGAGGAGAUCGAAGAUACUAAAGAAGUUGAAAAGCUUGACGACGCACAGGAAUUUCCAGAUAUCGAUGGUCUCAAAUAUCAGAGCAUCAUCUACAAAUGCUGGACAUGUCAAUAUACUGACGUGAAUAUACUUCGCGGUGACUACAGUCAUUGUAUAAGCCCAGAAGAUUAUGAAGGAACUCCUGUAGCACUAUGAAAGUCCAUAACGGCAUGUUUACGUGAGAAGUCAACGAUUUCAACAGCGUUAGGUAUUAUUGGCUUCGGCGUGGUUUGGGGUUGG